AUGGAAGAGCGAAACACGGCUGCCCUCGAAGCAGGAAGAGGUCCCUGUGCCACCCAGGCUUGGAGCAGCGGGAAAUUCUGGGGAAAAACAGUGCAGAAGGCCCUGGAUGGCGAAAACCUCGGCUCCGACGGACAGCGCCGGAUCUUCCGGCAGUUCCGCUACCAGGAGGCCGAGGGCCCCCGAGCGGUUUGCAGCCACCUCCACGAUCUCUGCCGUCGGUGGCUGAAGCCGGAGCGACACACCAAGGCUCAGAUCCUGGACCUGGUGAUCUUGGAUCAGUUCCUGGCUGUCCUCCCACCGGAGAUGGCAAGCUGGGUGAGGGAAUGUGGGCCGGAGACCAGUUCCCAGGCGGUGGCCCUGGCAGAAGGCUUCCUCCUGAGCCAAGCAGAGGACGGAAGUCGAAGACAGCAGGGCUUGCUAGCGGACGGUGCUUCUGAUUUCCCUGAGGCAAAGGUGGCCCUGGCGGACACCAGGCAGAGACCGCUGUUCAGGUGGAUCGUGCAGGAGGAUAACAGAGGUCCCACCUUGCCAGGUGUUGGAUGGUCUCUGGCAAGGACUACGGUGUCACCUCUUUGUGGUGGUGGAAUGGAGCCAGCUUCCGUGCAGCCAGAUCAGGGUCCAGUGACCUUCGAGGACGUGUCUGUGUACUUCACGGAGGAGGAGUGGGCGCUGCUGGAUCGAGGCCAAAGAGCCCUGCAGUGGGAAGUCAUGGCGGAGAAUUAUGGGACCCUCACCGCCCUGGCAAGUGAUGUCUGGGGGAGCAAGAAUGAUGAAGGACCACAUGGAGCAUCCUUACAAAGAGCCAGAUGUUCAGAGGAGGAGCAGAGAAUGGCUCCUGAGACUGAAGUCAAACAGAAAAGAAGAAACCCUUCAUUUUCUUCUGAAGGCACUAGCUUCUGUGAAAUGCCAAUCCCAGAAACAACGCGCCACGGCGAUGGUUCCUUUGCUUCGCAAGAGGAUCUGUAUUUCGAUGAAACAGAAAUCCCAGAAGAAAGAAAUGAAGGGAAGAAAAAGAUUAGGUGCGACGUGUGUGGGAAAAGCAUCAGUAAGUCUCACCUUAAUGAACACAAACGAAUUCACACGGGGGAGAAACCGUAUAAAUGCACCGAGUGCGGAAAGAGCUUUUGUCGGAGGGAACACCUGACUUCACACCAAAGAACCCACAUGGAGGAGAAACCGUAUAAAUGCUUGCAGUGCGGGAAGAAUUUCAGGCAUCGGAAAAAUCUUACCUCCCAUCAAAGCAUACACACCAGGGAGAAGCUGUGUGAAUCCCCAGAGGGUGGGAAAAGCCUGCCUUUACGUCACAGCAGCCACCCAGAGGAGAAGCCAUUCAAAUGCUCCGAGUGCGGAAAGAGCUUCAGUCGCACAACGGACCUCAGGUCACAUCAGAGGAUCCACACGGGGGAGAAGCCGUAUAUGUGUGCAUUGUGUGGGAAAAGCUUUACCCACAGCCGAAGCCUCAGCUCCCAUAAAAUCACCCAUACUGAGGAAAAGCCAUUUAAGUGCUCCGAGUGCGGUAAGAGCUUCAGUCGCAACACAAGCCUUACUAUACAUCAGAGAAUCCACACAGGGGAGAAGCCGUUUACCUGUUCUCUGUGUGGAAAGAGCUUCAGCCACAGAAGGAGCCACGCCAUCCAUCUAAAAGUCCACGCAGGGGAGAAGCCGUUCACAUGCUCGGACUGUGGCAAAUGCUUCAUCGGGAUUUCCUACCUGAAGACACAUCAAAGAAUCCACACAGGGGAAAAACCGUACACAUGCACGGUGUGUGGGAAAAGCUUCCGGUGGAGCACCCAUUUUAAAGAACAUAAAAAAACCCACACAGAGGAGAUUCCCGUGUCUCCUAAAAACGGCUGGAUUGUGGAAAGGACUCCCGGCGGAGCACAGGUCUCAGGAGAUUCGUUCUCAGGAGAAAGCAUUUGCAUAGAGUAGAGCUUUUCUGAUGAAUCCAACUGUACUAACCAGCAAAGAAUUCAUGGGGGCGGGGG